CACAGAUGGGCUCAUACGUUUUUCUGAUCUUUGCCGGAUGUAUCGCACUUCUCAUCACCUACAUAUUCUUCACGCUACCGGAAACGAAAGGGAAAACCAUCGAAGAGAUCAGCGCUGUGUUUAUGAAAGCGAAACCGCAGAUGAAUGGCGUUGGUGAAUAUGACAAUGAAGGGUUCACUCAUUAUGACUCUCAAACCGCAGAACUAGGAACAAAGCGACGAUUGUCAAUGCAAAAGUCAGUUAGCCAGGAGACGCUACGAGAUAGCAACAUGCUAGAGGUUCACGAUGACCCAUCACAUGCUGCUCCGUGCACGCCAGAACCGCAUCACCACCUCUAUGGGGCCGUUCCUGACGAGACGACGCAAAUGUGAUCGGAUAUGAAGCCAUCUAGUAAUCGCACGAAGUAAUCUAGUAAUCGCACGAAGUCAUCUAUAGUAAUCGCACCAAGUCAUCUAGUAUAGCUUCACCCCCGAUGGUCCUUCUCAGGAAGGAACUGCACUACGACGCAAAUAGCAGCACAUUAGCGGUUAAUCCAGAAAUUUUUGUUAUACUUUACUUCAUACAUUAGAUGUGCAAAAGAGAAAUUGCUUGUUUUUAAUGAUUUUUUACGGAUUGAGUGAAUAAAUUGAUAUUAAUGACGCGUAAA